UGAAACUGCCCAUCCUGCAGUGACUGCUGGGAAGACGCGCAGUCAAGGGAGGUACCAAACUGAAGAGUUCUAGCAGACUCUUGAAAAUACAUCUAUUUAUGAUAUCAGAAGCAAAUCGCCUUCAUCCCAGAAGACAUUUCAAAGUAAACAUCACUGGGAAGGGCUCUUCUUCCAGACACAAUGGCUGAAAAUGAUAUUUCGGAAGACCAAGACAAGCUGAAGAGGGGUCUAGUAAAGGUUCUCGAAUGUGUGGCCACCAUCUCAUCAGCAGCAGCGGUGGUCAAUCCCAUCUUCGGCAUGGCUGGUUCUCUCAUCCGGGUAGUGCUGCAUCACGUGGACGAUGAAGACAUUCAGAAACUCAAACGUGAGUUUGGCAGCGUGAAUCGAGCCCUGGACGAAAUUUCACAGCAGAACCAGAACGUAUUGCUUCAGAUCAGGAAGGAGACUGUGGAUGGCCUGUACUGUCGUGUAGAAGAAAACAUUCGUAAUCAGUUUUCCAAAUUCAUGGACACUGUGGAGGUAUCGGCAGCACAUGAACAGCGCAAGAAAGAAUUUGAAAUGAGCUUUGUGAUCAAUCAGUGUGAUCAGAACUUGCACACGCUGUAUGGUGGCGUGAUGGGCGAAUCAAAGCUCUUCAGCCAGCCCAUCCUAGAGGUCUACAUGAAACAUUCACAGGGCGACCAGCGGGUCAUGGAAAACCUCUGCACUCGACUCACAUACCUGUUCUGCAUCGGCCUUAUUGCUCUGAUGAGUUAUGCUGGCAUUGUCGGGGAUGAUGAGGAAGCCCUGCGCAUCGAGUGGGAAGAGAAGAUGAAAGAUGUGGCCAAAAAGAUGUCAGAAGUGUUAAACAGUUAUGAGUGAUUCUACACCAUGUGACCCCUUUCCCCUUUCUUUCUGUUUUCUCUAUUUUAUCUGUCAUUGCCUUAGCAACUGCUGUAUGUCUAUCCAUCUAGUUGUCUGUAUCACUUAAAACACUGUAGCAGCUACCUUGCAGCUAUCCUGAACAACCUAUUAACCCAUUCCUACUGUUUUUUUGCAAAUACUCUGCACUUCUGAAACAAGUUAUAUUGAACUGUCAUAAACUGAUGUUUAUUUUUUUAAAGUAAUGUAUUCGUCUUUCUGUACAGUGCACUCAUACUGAAUCUGCCCAAGCCAAAAUCCAAAUAAUUAUUUAUCUUUAAUGCAAAAUAAUGUUACAAAUCUCUCAUUCUAAUGAUAUAUAGCCUUAAAAUACUUUUCUCAUAAAUCUCUGUCUCUCUAGAAUGUCAUUUAAUUGUUUUGUUGUUGUUGUUAUUGUUGUUUUGGGGUUUUUUUGGCAUUGUGUAAUGUACUCUACAGUUUUAUGAAUAAACAAAGAUAUGAUAUAUACACA